GCCAAGCAAAAUCAGCUCUCUGGUAGGUGUUUACGCUUAGCGUUUUCAUCCUACAAUGAGAUCGCUGCCCAUUGUAGUUCUUUCCCUCCUGAUCCUUGUCCUUGCUGCCCAUCUAUCCCAAGCCGAUGACAAGGGCUCUUCGGGUGAAAAUGGGAAGGGUUCCCGUGAUGGUGAUGAUCACAAAUCAAAUGGUGUAGGGCCGGUGAAAAAACCAAAGUGCCCCAAGCCCGGGCAUGGUCCGAAAAACCAUGACAAGGAUGGCAAAGGGCCAAAAGAAAAGGAGUGUGAUGACGAAGAAACAACACCGUCAUCACCCGGGCCUUCCCCAGACCAAGGUAAUGGUUCGCCGUCACCACCCCCACCCCCAUCUUAUUCUCCACCCGACCAAACUAAUACUCCGUCACCUCCACCUCCAUUACAAACUAGUCCUCCCACUGCACCUCCACCCUACCAACCUAGCAAUCAAUCGCCCCCACCACCGUCAUCAUCAAGCCCCCCACCAGCACCUCUACCUAGUCCGCCUGUUACACCUCCAACCUACGAACCUAAUGAUCAAUCACCACCACCUCCGUCCAUUCCCCCACCACCUCCAUCUAGUCCACCCGCGGCACCUCCAAUGAACCCAACCAAUGAUCAGCCUCCUCCACCAUCCAUGUCAUCUAGCCCCCCACCACUAGCUCCAGCCACCCCACCGACACCUUCAUCUAGUCCCCCCGCUACACCUCCAACCUACGGACCUAACGAUCAAUCACCACCGCCUCCAUUGAGUCCUCCGUCCAUUCCCUCACCACCUCCAUCAAGUCUACCCGCGACACCUCCAAUGAACCCGAGUAAUUAUCAGCCUCCUCCACCAUCCAUGUCAUCUAGCCCCCCACCACUAGUUCCAGCCACCCCACCAACACCUUCAUCCAGUCCCCCCGUUGCACCUCCAACCUACGAACCUAACGGUCAAUCGCCACCGCCUCCGCCGAGUCCUUCAUCCAUUCCCUCACCACCUCCAUCUAGCCCACCCGCGACACCUCCAGUGAACCCGACUGAUGACCAGCCUCCUCCACCAUCGAUGUCAUCUAGCCCCCCAUCAAUAGCUCCAGCCACCCCACCAACAUCUCCAACUAGUCCCCCUAGUACACCUCCAACAUACGAACCUAAUGAUCAAUCGCCACCGCCUCCAUUGAAUCCUCCAUCCAUUCCCCCACCACCUCAAUCUAACCCACCUGCCUCGCCUCCAAUGAGCCCGACUAAUGAUCAACCUCCUCCACCAUCUAUGUCAUCUAGCCCCCCACCACUAGCUCCAGCCACCCCACCAACACCUUCAUCCAGUCCCCCCGUCGCACCUCCAACUUACGAACUUAACGAUCAAUCGCCAGCACCUCCAUUGAGUCCUCCGACCAUUCCCUCACCACCUCCAUCUAGCCCACCCGCGACACCUCCAACGAACCCGACUAAUGACCAGCCUCCUCCACCAUCGAUUUCAUCUAGCCCUCCACCACUAGCUCCAGCCACCCCACCAACACCUUCAUCAAGUCCCCCCGUCGCACCUCCAACCUACGAACCUAACGAUCAAUCGCCACCACCUCCAUUGAGUCCUCCGUCCAUUCCAUCACCACCUCCAUCUAGCCCACCCGCGACACCUCCAACGAACCCGACUAAUGACCAGCCUCCUCCACCAUCGAUUUCAUCUAGCCCCCCACCACUAGCUCCAGCCACCCCACCAACACCUUCAUCAAGUCCCCCCGUUGCACCUCCAACCUACGAACCUAACGGUCAAUCACCACCGGCUCCAUUGAGUCCUCCUUACAUUCCCUCACCACCUCCAUCUAGCCCACCUGUUGCACCUCCAACUCAUGACCACCCUCCUCCACCAUCGAUGUCGUCUAGCCCCCCACCACUAGCUCCAGCCACCCCACCAACACCUUCAUCCAGUCCCCCCAUUGCACCACCAACCUAUGAACCUAACAAUCAAUCGCCACCGCCUCUAUUGAGUCCUCCGUCCAUCCCUACACCACCAUCAAGCCCAUCCGCCUCACCUCCAGUGAACCCAACUAAUGAUCAACCUCCUCCACCAUCUCCAUCAUCUAGCACCCCACCACAGGCUCCUGCCACUCCACCAACACCUCCAUCUAGUCCCCCCGUUUUCCCUCCAUCCUACGAACCUAACGAAUCGUCACCGCCUCCAUUAAGUCCUCCAUCCAUUCCCUCACCACCCCCAUCAAGUCCACCUGCAGCACCUCCUUUGAACCCAACUAAUGAUCAGCCACCUCCACCAUCGUCGACAUCUAGCCCACCAUCAAUAGCUCCAGCCACCCCACCAACAUCUCCAACUAGUACACCUCCAACAUACGAACCUAAUGAUCAAUCGCCACCGCCUCCAUUGAAUCCUCCAUCCAUUCCCCCACCACAGUCUAACCCACCUGCCUCGCCUCCAAUGAGCCCGACUAAUGAUCAACCUCCUUCACCAUCUAUGUCAUCUAGCCCUCCAACAGUAGCUCCAGCCACCCCACCAACACCUCCAUCUAGUCCCUCUGUUACGCCUCCAUCCUAUGAACCUAACGAUCAAUCGCCACCGCCUCCAUUGAAUCCUCCGUCCAUUCCAUCACCACCUACAUCAAGCCCGCCUGCAACACCUCCUAUGAACCCGACUAAUGAGCCUCCUCCACCAUUAGCUCCAACUACUCCACCACCUUCCUCUAGCCCACCUGCUACACCUCCAACUUAUGAGCAAACUCCUUCAUCACCACCAUCAUCGAGCACACCAACUGCUCCAUCCAUUGCCACACCACCUUUGUCUAGUCCCCCCGCUACACCUCCAACGUACCAAGAUGAUGACCAAUCCCCUCCACCUCCAUCAUAUAGCCCACCACCGACAGCUUUAGCUAGUCCUCCACCACCACCAUUGAGUCCACCAACAAUAGCACCAACCACUAGCACACCUCCAUCUACUCCCACAUCGCCUAUGUCUAGUCCACCAGCAACACCUCCGACUAAUGAAGGUAACCACCCACCACCAUCAUCACCAUUAAGUCCGCCUACCACACCUCCGAUGUACCAAGUUAACCAACCACCGCCGCCACCACAAUUUAGUGCCCCUGCCACACCUCCAACCUAUCAAGGUAAUGCCCAACCACCGGCAUCAACAACAACACCGCCACUUGAUGCCCCUUCUGGCAAUGGAUGGGUGCAAGUUCAAAACUUUCACGAUGCCAUGUACUGGCAAAUCGGGCGCUUUGUGGUGUACAGGUUGGUAAACAAGAAGGACAACUCCCUUGUCGAUGUGCUCUAUGUGAGCAUGCAACCUGCAGGAAAUGGCAACAACUACUUCCUUGUGAUAAAAGUAGCAGAUGAAUAUAAGAAGGUCGGCAAGUAUCACGUGCUCCUAUGGGGUAUGCCCGGGUCAGCAGAUGAGGCAUGGAAAGUAUAUUGGCUCAAAUUUGUAGGAAACUGAGCACGUAGUGAAAACAAGAUCAUCUAGCUAUCGACCAUGCAGGGCAUUUCUAGGGAAAGAUAUAGAGACAUUUUGUGGUCAAUGUGAGCCUGCAUGUAUUAGUUGAUCUUUGUAGCUUUGAGUGGCUUGAUAUCCAACUAUAUGUUCUGAUUUCAAUAAUAAAUUUAUGUUGUGUUCUCAUUAAAA